AAAAAGUAUAAUCACUCCAUGUAAAAAUGUGUAAGGUAAAACAGUGUCUCUUGAUCCUACUAUAUUCUAUUGCGACAUGCCACUUUGCGACCACCGACGAGGUCUGCGAUGCCAGCGAAAAACCGUUCAAUCAAACGAAGGAAACCAAACCGGAAUGUAAGACAAAGCUGAAUCCCAGAUUUACCCCGUUAUUCUGGGAAGAUGACGUCAAACCGAAGGAAAACCUGUUAAGACAGUUCAACAUCAACUACUUCGAUCCGGACAGGAUAAAAUCCAAAGAUGACUUCUACGCGAUGGAUUCCGACGAAAUCGGAAUUCCUAUCGUCGAUCGGCCGAAACCGGUAUUCGAGUUGGAGAAUAUUCCCUCGGGAAGACGACCGCAAGUGUUGCCGGAUGUUGUGGUGACCCCAGAAGAUCCUAGGAGGAAAUUGAGACCACCGCCACCGCUGCCGCAAUAUUUGGGAGAUGACGAGAAGCAGCUGGGGAGGUACCUGGUGGAAGACACGAGACGCGUCAUCCACAUGUUGGAUCAACCUGUACCGACGUCGUCAGGGUACAUGUAUCAGCAUCCGGCCGGGGUAGCGUAUCAAUAUGGGACACCUAACAGAUACACCUAUCAGCCGAGACCUAGCCCAUACGGAUACUCUAGCCCACAAGUGAAUUACAUCAAUAAAGAAUUCGGUCGUUCCGCCUACCAAUCUCCAGCACCACUACUGAAUCCUGCACUAGUAGCCUCAUCUAUGUACUCACCGCCAAUACAACAAUCAGUACUUCAAACUUUCCCUACGUAUCAGACUCGUCCGAUAUCAAACUUAGCCUCAAUAGCAUCACCGACAGGUGAAGAUGAUUGGGACAGCGCUGCAAAUCCUGCUAAUUUGGAUGAACUAGCAGCAUCUAUAGCCAGCUCUGCUAAAGAGCUUGACCAGAAAGUAGAUACUACUAACUUUAAUCCAAUAGAUCUACCAGUUCCCGCACCUGAUGCUACGAAAGGAGUCGAUCAAACUGGUGAUAUCUUGAAACAACUAGAAGAUCUACUAAAAGACGAAACACCUGCUACUCCAAUAGUGGAAGAUGGGAUAACUAACUUAAAACCAGAAACAUCUGUUGUUUCACCUAGCGAGAUCUUGAAAGAAUUAGAAGAUCUGACUAAGGAUAUUGUACCACAACAAGCUACUGCAGUUAUUGACACGCCCGAGGAACCAGCUGACAGAAUUUUGACUCAGAUAGAAGGCCUGUUGAAAGAUGAAGCAGUACAAGAUCAAUUAAACGCUGUAGCUGUACCGGAAACCAAACCAGAAAAAGUACCGCAAUCUCUUGGUGCAGGUGUUGCAUCAGCGAAAGCCUAUUCUGACGCAAUGACUCAGAUAGAAGGCUUGUUGAAAGAUGAAGCAGUACAAGAUCAAUUAAACCCUGUAGCUGUACCGGAAACCAAACUAGAAAAAGUACCGCAAUCUCUUGGUGCAGGUGUUGCAUCAGAGAAAGCCUAUUCUGACGCAAUGACUCAGAUAGAAGGUUUGUUGAAAGAUGGAGCAGUACAAGAUCAAUUAGGCGCUGUAGCUGUACCGGAAACCAAACCAGAAAAAGUACCGCAAUCUCUUGGUGCAGGUGUUGCAUCAGAGAAAGCCUAUUCUGACGCAAUGGCUCAGAUAGAAGGUUUGUUGAAAGAUGAAGCAGUACAAGAUCAAUUAUUCGCUGUAGCUGUACCGGAAACCAAACCAGAAAAAGUACCGCAAUCUCUCGGUGCAGGUAUUGCAGAGAAAGACUAUUCGGACAUAAUAAAUGCUAUCAUGAAGACGGACAGCAUUGAUGAUUUGGUGAAGAACCCUAUAAUUACAACAGCUGCUUUGAAAGAGAUAGCACAACAACUGAACAUACAGCAGGGUAAAUUGGAUAACUUAAGCCCGAUGUUUGGUCAAGACGCAGACGUCGCACUGCUGACAGAAAAAAACACCGAGAAGAUCCCUAUUGAUAUUACAAAAUUGGAUAACUACACUGAUGUGCUCAAUACUUUAAUAGAGACAGACAAUGUUGAGGACUUGAUCAAUAACCCCAACAUAGGAAAAGAUGUUUUGAAAGAAAUAGCGGAGAUAUUAGACGCCGGACAGGCUGACUCAUUGGAGAAUGGGACACUUCCGCCUCUAGCUGAAGUAGCAGAUGCUGUGGGCCAAGUUGCAGAGGGAAUUGGAAAAAUUCAAGAAACAGCACCGAAUAGUGACGUCGGCGUUACACCAAUCGGCAUUGAGACUGAGGGUGGAAAAGUAGUGCCAUUACCAGGAAACGUAAUUUCGGGUUGCAAGAAGUCUCGAAAAAGGAAAAGUAAAACGUUGAGGAGAGAAGAUGAUGAUACAGGACUUUAUUUUACAGGAACGACAAACAAGCUCGUUCGAAUUCCAGAGGUCCUAAUGGAGAAGCCUUUACUGUCCAAAUUGGUUACAGCCGAAAAAAUUCUAGCUGCCAAGGUGCAAAAUGGCGCCGAAGCAUUGGAACAAAUAUUGAAACCAAUUGCGACAUGAAGAAUUUUCUUCGCAUCGUGCCAAUUGUCAUUUUUACAAAAAUAAUGCUUGACAGACUACUCGUACUUAUCCAAAUCAAAAUAUUUGGUCUACUGCGGUGUAGACGUAUAUAGGCGAGGGAUUCUAGAAAAGAAAUCUACCUAGCCAUGAAAAAAACAACAAUUAAAACGCACAAGCAUAUGUCAAAUAGUGGCAUGUAUUUUAAACGUACAAAUACAAGGAUACAAGCCUCUGCUGGAAAUUUGGUAAACAAAUAUCUCGAAAACUAUUAGCUUUAGACUCGCAAACUAUCAACCUCUGGGCUAUGCUCAGGUCAAUUCGCAUAUUUUGGUCUGUAGUAUCUCCAGUUCCGAGAUUUCCCAAACUUUCGCAGACACCCUGAAUUGAAAAAUGAAAUUAUCAAAAAACAUCGUACGUCUUCUGUUUCAUGGCUAGGUAGAAUUCUUUUCUAGUGCCCCUCGUAACAUUACUUUGUACUAUUUAUAUCAUUAAUUUUCAAAUUCUUAUUUAUACUCGUAAAAAAAUGUACCAGCGUUCAGACACUUUUUAUAUUAUCAGUGUCGCUUAACAGCGAAUCUACAUGCACUUAAAGGUGCCGUUCCACCAUGCCCCGAAAGCGACAGGAGUCCGUUAGCAAGCCCGAGACCAAUUCGUGAGCUAUACUAUAACUAUCUAAAACUGUAAUGACUCAUCGAUGUUCACGUGAACAUCACUUAACUACCAGUAGUCGGCUGUUCAUAGGCGGGGUAUGAAUGUUUAACAUAGCUGAACUAGAUUUGUCACAUGCUUAAUAAAG